UCGUACUUUUUGUCGAGUUAGGUUUCGACGAAUUCGCCCUUCGAAGGUGCCUUCUAUAAAAGCGCCGGCCACCUUCCCCUCGCACACAAUCUCAUACUUGUUGUCCAGCUAGGGUUUUGGGUGCUUCUUUCCUCGACGAAUUCGUUCUUCAAAGGUGUUUAUUGUGAACCUAGCUUUUGGUCCUUGGUGUCAUGGACCCCUUGCAGCCUGAGCCUAUUACUUACUUAUGUGGAGAUUGCGGAGCAGAGAACACCCUGAAGCCAGGGGAUGUAGUACAGUGCAGGAAGUGUGGACAUCGCGUCCUUCACAAGAAGCGCACUCGCAGAAUUAUGCAAUUCCAAGCCCGGUGAGAGCCAAGAGCACAAUCCUUAAGGGGCAAGUCAUCUGCUUAAGUGGUCUCUGUGUUAAAAGAGAACUUUUGUAGUGUGUCGCUAUAAAAGUUUGAUCCACUGUGCUUUGAUAAGUAAAACCUCUAAUAUGUUAAUAGUUGUGGAAGUGAUUUAUUACUACUAGCUCACGUCUAUAUGUUUUUUUUAUCGUGAUUAGUAAUCUUGAUAUAUUACUUCUAAAGAUUUGUAUUUUUUUUGCCA